AUGUUUUCGUGCGCCUGCUUCGGCUCCCGCGAGCGUCGCGACCCUGAGCGCGAGCCGCUGCUCCCUGUCUACAACGAUGAUACGGCGAUGCAGGCACGGCUGCACGAGAAGCUCCACACAUAUCAGAUGCUACGCGCCAUGUCCAAGGGUUACAUGCCUUCCAAUGAACAAACCAUCAUUCACCUGCGCACUCUGCUCGCCGCCGAUGUGCUGAACCCAGACGUUCCCGAGCUGAGCAAUUCAGGGCGCGCGCUCGUCCGCACUACCAAGCUCUUGCUACGACAGGUUAUUGAGCUUCUGGAUUCAAAGAACUCGGGCGACCAGGUCCAGGACUUUAUAUGGUGUCUUGUCAAGUCCCGUUUACACGUUGAUACGGGAGACAUUGCAGCAAGAGCGGGCAGGGUCUCUGCUCGCAGUGAUGCAAUGACUGCGUAUCACAGCUUACAGACAAUCGGAUCUCUGCUUUUAAAUAGUUCUGAAUUCCGCCUAUUCUUAUCGGACUUGGGGACGAUCGGCAGAGAGGUGUUUAGCGACACCGCGCUCUCUCUGGCUGAGGUAUCAAAGCAGACUGCUAAGAAGCUGGAACCGUCGGUGGAAGACCAGAAGUCGCUGGAGGCUGCCAAUGGACACACGGAUCAAGCUCCUCCGACAAAACAGGACUUGACAGAGGAGGUCAAAGAUGUAGCUCAUGUCAUCACAGAAGGCGCAUCGAGUGUUGCUCAAGGUGCCAAGGAGAGUGUAGCCGAGCAUUUGAGUGGAGAAGAAGAGCAAGCACUGGCAACCAGGCUGAAGAACGUCAUUCUCAAGCUUCGCAAAAAGCCAGACUACUCGGAAUCGGUAAACAUGGUCUCUCUUCUCAUGCGGCAUUACCUUCUCGCCUACUCCCACGCUGCCGAAGACGCUGCGCAAGCCAUUGGAGAUGAUUUCAGCGUUAACAAAGAGGCCGAUAAGGCUGUCCGGAAUUUCUGGUUGCUACUUACAUCUUUGGGAGACCGGAAUGAGUGGAGAGAAGUGGAAGGGGCUUUCAACCGCCUCGUCGAGGGCUGCGAAGCCGAUCCCAACCUCGACGAAUUCAUCAAAGAGCUGUCCGUUGCUGUUGAAAAUAUCUUGUCCAACCCUGACUGGCUCGACAACGUCGACAGCGAGGUCAAGGAACUUCGCGAAAAGUCCAACAAAAUACGAAAUCGCUCCUCCAUAUCGGAAGACGUGAAAUUGUUAUUUGCGCACCUUCGACUGGCUAUGCAAUCUGUGGCCGAUGACGAGCAGGUCCGCAACAUCUUGCGUACAUCAACACGUCUUGCCAAUAUUCUCUCACCGGCGGGGAAGAAGUCAAAUGGUGAACUAAUCGCCGAUGCUAUCAACGUGUUUCUUCCCAUGACGAUCAAUGCUAUUCAAUAUAUCCCCAUUCCUCGACUGGAAGUUGCCACACCUGCCGUGGAUCUGCUCCUGGAGAAUUUGAUUCUUGAGCCGGGUAAGACGGUAAACCACAGCUCGUUCCUCCCUUUCAGGUUCAACGUUUCCACACAAAACGACAUUGAGGUCCGGAAAGCUCGGUUCAGGACCACCUCAUCAAUGACAUCCCUGGUGACCUUGAAGAUCUCAGGGAUGUCUAUUGCUGCGGAAGACUUGGGCUAUUGGGUAAAACUGCACUCUUGGUGCUUGCGCUUCAUGGACCAAGGCCUGGCAGGAUUCUAUUUGGAUGAACGGGGCAUCGAUCUGACGCUAGACCUUGAGAUCGGUAAAGACAGGAUGGAAAAGAUUGUCUCGCUGAGAAAUGUGAACGUCAAAAUACAUCAUCUUGACUACACAUUGGGCAAGUCGCCAUUCUCCUGUCUCGCCUGGGUCUUCAAACCACUUUUGCGGCCGGUUAUCAGGAAAGCCUUGGAGAUCAAAAUGGCCACCGCCAUCGCGGAAGGACUUCACACGCUGAACCGAGAGCUCCUAUUUGCUCGCGAGAGAUUGCGGGCUACCAGGAUCGCUAACCCCGGCGACUUGUGGACAUUCGUAAGGGCGGUGGCUGCACGCUUGAUACCAGCACCCGAUCCGGACUUUGAAACUAGAGUAGGAAUCACACCUGGCGGGGGUGUUUUCCGGGGCCGGUAUGCUCCUGGCAGCCUAGUCAAACUGUGGGAGCAGGAGGGGAGGGACGCGGAACAGCUGGUGUAUGAGUACCAAAGGGGAGGCUGGCGUAAUAAGAUUUUUGACGUCAGAACGAUGACCAUGGAAACUCCACCUUGA